AUUGACCAAUGGGGAGAGAUGAAGGACCGGAAGGACUCUGGUCGACCAGCCAAUCAGAGCGCGGGCUUUGUGUAACUAAAGAUUAAGCUUCACACAGACUAAAACUUCUUCCUGUGUCCAACAUCUGAUAUUAGAAGGGAAGGAUUUGCAGACAGAAAUCUCAAACCAAACAUCACAUCAAGAUCUGACGCAGUCACUCGAUUCAUGGGACCUAUCACAGGCCUUUCAAUCUGGAAGGAGAAUUGUUUGUCUUUUUUGUUUGCUUCAAGAGAUUUUAAAUAUCAGUGUGACACACAUGCCCGAGUGAGAGUGUUUCCAGUGCGCUGACUGUGAAAAGAGCUUUAACCAGUGACACAGCCUGAAAAAAUACCACACCAUUCACAGUGCAGCGAGACCGUGCAUGUGUUCUGUGAGGACGAGGCUUCAGCUGAUCACUGAGACACGCGGACACCCACACCAUGGAGAAACCAUGGAAAUGUGGGGACUGUGGGAAGGGAUUCAAAUACCCAUCUCACCUGGAAAUUCAUUGGCGCAGUCACAGUGGGGAGAGACCGUUCAUCUGCUCUGUUUGUGGGAAGGGAUUCAGUCGGUUAUCGUCCUUGGAGUCACACCAGCGACUUCACACCGGGGAGAGGCCGUUCACCUGCUCUGAGUGUGGGAAGGGAUUCACUGAUUCAUCCAACCUGCAAACACACAAGCGAGUUCACACCGGGGAGAGGCCGUUCACCUGCUCUGAGUGUGGCAAGAGCUUUAUUCAGUUAUCCCACCUGCAGGGACACCAGAGAGUUCACACUGGGGAGAGACCAUUCACCUGCUCCGAGUGUGGGAAAGGAUUCACUCAUUCAUCCCACCUGCAGACACACAAACGAGUUCACACCGGGGAGAGACCAUUCUUCUGUUCUGAGUGUGGGAGGCGAUUCAGUCAUUCAUCUGAUCUCCGAAAACACAAGCGUAUUCACACCGGGGAGAGGCCAUUCACCUGCUCUGAGUGUGGGAAGGGAUUCACUCAGUCAUCCCACCUGCAGCGACACCAAGUUCACAAGUGAUUACAGGAAUUGGAUUCUGCUGUUAUUG